AUGUGUCGUAUUCUAGGUGGCUUUGCGCCAAAGAUGCACCGCAAAGAGGCUGCUUUGAUUCUCUCACUCAAUGAACGCGGCGUUACAAGAGAAAUCCUCCGAAAGAAGCACCGACAGCUCAUGUUGCUCAACCACCCUGACCGAGGUGGAAGCCCCUACCUUGCCACCAAGAUCAACGAAGCCAAGGAGUUCCUUGAGAAGGAGACUUCAUAA